AAAACAAUUAAUGUAUGACUAUCCUAGCUAUUGCAAAACGAUGGAUUGCACUGCCAUUUUUAAUAUGAUAGAGCAAGUGAUUAGUGUGACUCACCAAAACGAUCGACCCAGAAGGAUACUAUAUAUUCAACACCUUUUACAACAGGAAAUAUGCAAACUAUUGAUAGAUCGAAGUAUCUCUAUACCAAUCCUUAAAUUUGACGAAUUGCCCGUCCCUUACUUUCCAGGUGCUGAUAAAUGUUUUGAGAAACUCUCUGAGCUGUACUGUCAUACAGCAAUACCAGAUUUUCUCUUCUAUGCUUUGGCACAGAAUUGUAAAAAUAUUCAGACCAUUAUUAUCGACUUUUAUGAUGAGGAUAAUAUUGGUCUAUCAGGUUUGAUUGACGUACAACAAAAUCUCCAACGAUUAGAAUGUAGAAUCGAUGAAGUAGCCGAAUCCCAAAGGUUUCCUGCAAUUAUUGAUGUGAUAAAAUUAAAUGCAAGCACAUUUGUUCAUCUCGAACUUUUACAUUUUAUGUGUAUUCCACCUCAGAUAAUCUUGCUAAUGCAAAAUUUAAAAGUACUUAAGAUCUUGUUGAACAGAAUGCCAUAUGACGAUGUUUGGGAAGAGCUUGCAUCAGUGCGUUUGCCACAACUGGAAAUCCUUCAUAUUUCUCUGUGUUCACUACGAUUAGAAACUUUACAUCCUUUAAUUGCAAAAAAUUAUGGUAAUCUUAGCACAUUAAUAAUUGAUUUUCAUCCGACAAGUAAUCAAUCAAUAUUUUUCAAUGAAACGGUCGCACAAUUUUGUCCGAAUUUAAAAGUCUUUGCUACAUGGUUUCUAAAUAAUGAAUUUGAUGUACUUGAAGAAAUAUUAACCAAAUGUCAACAUUUAGAAGAAUUAUUCCUUCAGGCUUUUGAUUAUAUGAAUUUAAAUAGCCAUAGAUU